UGCAUUAUGUAUUUAUGUUGUGUUUAUUACACAGAUGGAGCCACAAGCUUGCCAUUUACAUUAGAUGAAAGAGGUGCUCAAAAGACGUCAUGUUGUGUAUCCCAACUUGCAUCAGCAGAUGAAGCUGGACCAUGUUCGUCAGGGACUAAGACCAAAACCAAAUUAAUGAAAAUGGCAACCGUAAACAAGAGUAAAAGAGCUAGGGCAAGUUUCAACAAAUUGGCAGAGGACAACCUUAUAGCAGAAAAGAAGAACAUCCAUCUACAACAAGUAAAUCUACGAUUGAAGAAGCAAUUGAUACUGGCACAACUGAAAGUUGCUAGAUUAAAGCCCCAAACAAUUGAAGAAGAAAUUAAAAUGUUAAAACCUUCAAGUAAUGAAUGUUAAAUCUACAGUCUCAAAUGAUGCCAUUCUUAUUGUUAUUAUUGAUAUUUUUACACAAAGUUUUGAAGUUAUUUUAUGAGUAGAUGGAUGUUCUUCUUUUCAUUAUUUAACCCAUUUAUGCCUAGCGUCUAG